AUGGGCAACUGCACCAAAACCCCAGGCAAACGGCUGUCCAAGGAGAAUAAGCAACCUUCCGAGGCUCCCGGCUCCCCUGCCUCAACCAGCAACGAUGUGGACGAAAUGAUUGAUGGCGUGCAGUAUCCCUCACUGCAGAACUACUCAGUGCUCCAUGGCUUAGUGGGGCCAGCUUGCAUCUUCUUGCGCCAGAGCAUCGCUAUCACACAGAUCGACAGAGAACUACGACCAGAGGAAAUUGAAGAGCUAAAGGAGGCCUUCCGGGAGUUUGACAAAGACCAUGAUGGCUACAUCAGCUACAAGGACCUGGGAGAAUGUAUGCGCACCAUGGGCUACAUGCCCACUGAGAUGGAGCUUAUUGAAUUGUCCCAGCAGAUCACCGGAGGGAAGGUGGAUUUUGAUGACUUUGUCGAACUUAUGGGUCCAAAGAUGCUGGCAGAGACAGCAGACAUGAUUGGGGUAAAAGAACUGCGGGAUGCUUUCCGAGAGUUUGACACAAAUGGUGAUGGGCAGAUUAGCAUAGCUGAACUACGAGAAGCAAUGCGUAAGCUCUUGGGGCAACAGCUGAACUACCGUGAGGUGGAUGAAAUUCUCAAGGAUGUUGAUCUGAAUGGAGAUGGCCUUGUAGACUUUGAAGAGUUUGUACGGAUGAUGUCUCGCUGAGAGCAGCUAGUAGCAGCCUGGGGCUGAUGUGCCUUAUUGAAAGAAAAGACUUUACACUUCCAUAUAUUCCAAUGGAUCUAACCACCAGGAGUCAAUAAGCAACUUGCUAUUGGAGUGGCCCACACACCCCUGUGCACCCUGCCUGGAGCCAAACAGUCAUUCCUAAAGUGCAGAGACCAACAUGAACAUCAGAUCUUUCAAUGGCAUCCUGGACCAGAGCCUACUAAAGCUACUGUAUUAGAUAUAAAAAACAAGCAUCUUCCCUAAGUUUUCUCAAGGUCUGGCUAUCAUCAUACUUCGCCUUUGAACUGUUUGGUGUAAUGCUGAUCUUUGUUACGGAGGGAGCAGGGUUAACCAACCAAUCUCCUUGAUUGGUUCUGCGUGCAGUUGUUUAAAAUAUUCCGAAUGCCAAGCUAUCCUUUUCCAAGACAGGAUGCUUCUCUUCACUUUUCUCUCUUCUAAAUGGUGUUUGUGUCUAUAAACGCAUAUUGUUUCCUACUGUGGCCUGAAUCAUAACAUCAUCACCCCUUCUCUGGGGUAUCACUGUAAAUGAUAUUAUUAAUAGCUUCCCUUCCUUGACAUGAUAGAAGUUCAAGAACAAUACCCAGUGAUGAUAAGGGGCUGCCUUGUGGCCCAAAACAGCACAUGAUACAGUAUGUUCUAGGAACUGGACAGGCUGGUGACUGGUGCUUGUUCUGAAGACAUCCCAGUGGAGUGGGAUCUGUGGUACCUGAAUAUUUUUAGGGGUACAGCUGUGAUUCCUGAAGUACUUCUCCACUAACAGAUCUAGAAAUCUAAUACCUCAUUCCUCUACCUGCAGGACCUACUUCUGCUUUCCCAGGCUCUGCAGAUGUUAGGUUCCUCUAUAGAUUGUCCUUUGAUUAAGUGAAUGCGGCACAUUGACCAUUCAUAGCUGAGUUCAGAAUCCUAUAUCCUUGUGGUUUUCAAACUGCUCUGAAGAAUUCUGGAGUCUGUUGUAAGCUUAUUUGCUCAAUGAGAAAAUCAGUAACAAUGGAU